CCAUUUCUACCACGGUUACACCACAUGCGACAGUGUGGGAUGCAUGCAACUUUACUCUUACUUUUUCAAUAGAACAUAGAAUCUGUGAAAGGAUUCAUGUUCUCCAACUCGCCCACACUCUUUUCUAACAAUUCGGACUUUUGAAUUUUGGAUCGGUUCGGUCCCAACGGUCACACUUCACAAACCCUACUUUUGUUUUCACUUUUCACCCUCUCUUCUCUGUAAAUGGGUUGGAAUCUCCUCUUCUGGCUCCUCAUUUGUUUCCCUGCCAACAUUGCUCUUCUCGCCUCAACUUUCUACCAGGUUUUGAUUCUGUCUGAUUUGGAAUCUGAUUACAUCAACCCUUUUGACGCUGCGUCACGGAUAAACUACUUCGUCCUUCCCGAGUUCGUUGGGCAGGGAGCGUUGUGUGCUCUUUGCCUCUUCACUGGCCACUGGUUCAUGUUUUUGCUCACAGUGCCUGUUACUUGCUACCAUGUCAUGCUGUAUGUGAAAAGAGAGCAUCUUAUUGAUGUUACUGAAGUGUUUAGGGUAAUCAAUGCUGAGAAGAAGCUUCGGAUAGCCAAACUUGCUUUGUACUUAAUAGUUCUUAUUGUUACUAUCUUCAGGCUUACAUUAAUCGGUGUCUACUAUUUAGGCAUCGAAGAUGAUGAAGACAUAGGAAACCUUUGGCGAUGAAGACAUAGGAAACCUUUGGUAACCCACAACAUGUGCAACAUGGCACUUUGGGUAAGUUGCACCCUUUUUCCUGUUGUUGGGAGGGUCCCCUUUUUGGUGGGAAUUUGUGAGUUGAUCUGUACUAUUAGGUUUACACUUAGAAUUCAGGUGCUCACAGAAAUAGGAAUGUUAUCCAUUAAUUUGAAUGAAAGAUUGCAAACUCGUGAAUCUCCAUUGUUUGAUACAAAUCUUUUUCACUUGAAGUGGCUUGUCCUACGAAUUUUAUGUCGAGAAAUGAUUUAAGAGGUACAUAUUAUUUGGAUGCUCCAACUUCCAAGCAUGUGUACUGGGGUAUUCUGAAUGGUAGAUUAAUUCCCAAGAAAUAUGCAGAUUUAGUUCAA